AUGUUUCUCAUCUGGUGCAGCAUGUCGCACCUCCGUGCCGACAUCCAAGAACAAGCAAUAACAGACCCAAACAAGAUCCUAGCCAAAGCAUAUACUAUCGAACAAGACCUCAACACCUGGUUCGCCAACCUCCCACCCUCAUUCUCCUACACCACGCACAUCGUCCCACCAAACAGCUACACAAUCAAACAAAAAUGUCGCGGCAUAACCCCUUAUAACAACAAGUACCAUAUCUACAACGCCUUCUGGAUAAGCGAACUCUACAACCAAUACCGGUGCAUGCGCAUCCUCGUCAGCGAAAUCAUCUUCUCGCAUCUCCAAAAACUCCCCUCACCCACUGCGUCGUGCAGAGAACACGAACACCGGGCCCUAAUCUCGCAUUUCAGCGACGAGAUUUGCCACAGCAUCCCCUUCAGCCUUGGCGCCUGCAACUCAGAAACUCCACCGGAAGUGCGCGCAGUCCCACCGGAGAACUAUAUAGCGGGUCUCCUGCUGAUCUGGCCGUUGUAUUUGGCAGGGGCAGCCGAGCAGCUGAGUCAUCCGCGUCGACGGUGGGUGCUGCAUGCUGCGAGAGUUAUUGGGCAUUCGAUGGGGGUGGAGCUGGGGUUGAGGAUUAUGGAUAUUUUGAAUGUUGCGCCUUGUAUUCUUGAUGAGGAGGAGAUUUGGUCGGAUGAGAUUUCGGUUAAGUAUGUUAAAGAGGGGGAUGGGGUUGAUUGUGCAGGGUGA